GCCUACUGUCACUACAUCGCGAAAAAGGUUCCGCUCGUCAGAAUUAAUUACGGCAUCCUGAUCGCGUUGUCCGAAAUAUUCUUCUAAAGCCAGGAAAGGGGGCGACGCGACAGCGCUGACACGGAUUCGGAGCGCGUCAGGCAGAAUCCGACAGAAGCCAAGUACACACAAUCAUUAGAUGGAGAGAGGAAUUUCGAGUCUGCGAUAGCGAAGGAGAGCGGCCAGUAGCCUCAUCUACGUGUGCUUGGGCUUGGGCUUCGACUCGGACUGUAUUGAAUAAAGAAAAGAUGGCACCCUCGGCGACAUCGACACAGUCGCUCUCAUCAAAGGCCAAGCGCCCUAUCCCCCCGGGAAUCCAAACAAAUGGCAUACACUCUUCUACCUCGUCUCCCUCUCCCUCGAUGUCGGCCGGCAGACUUCCGAAUAGCGGCAAACUACCGAAUUCUGCUACGGGCAAUGGCGUGGGAGCCAUGAGCGCAGGAUCGCGAGCCAUUGCCCGGGCGCGCAGAGAUGGCUCUGCGCAACUACUAGGUAGAGGCCAGCGAAACAGCAGUGCUGCAUUGCGGUCUGCAAGUUUGAUGGGAGACUCUGCUGCUCCUCAAAUAUCGGAACCUACACCAUACGGUACGCGAACCGGGGUGCUUGAUGAUAGUGUAUACUAAUGUCGAGACAGUCAAAUCGGACGAAUACAUUCUCAAGCGAUAUCGCAAUUCUAAGCCUUCUUUAAUUGUACAUUUACAUCCUACUCAUUUUAGAUUCGACGAGCAAGAAGGAAGCUUUUCAUACAAGUCUCCCAUGCGAAUAUUAAUCGAGCACCUCCGAACACGGACUGUACCCCAUGACUUGGUUGAAUUCUUUACGGAUAUGCCUUUCUAUGAGGGAUGUAUGAUUGUCCAAAUACACGACCACAAGUCAAUAGCGCCAUCGCAAGGACCAGCACAAGCAAAGUCCGGAGUGGGCAAGACUGUCCCAUUUUCGGUACACAAUUAUAAUGCCUACCUUACACCCUCAUCUUACGUCCCGUUUCCCUCUCAGCAGAACCAUAUUUCGAGCAAAGGAAGGAAUAGUUCGGAUACCGAUGAUGGUAAGAGUAAACAGGAGCAAAAGGAUAAAGAGAACAUGCCGGCUCCUUCUUUACCUGGGGACGCUUCUCGAGGCAAAGGAACCACCAACCUACCCAAGAAACCAAAGGUCUCGACUAUAGUUUUGCGCCCCACACCCCUGAGUAACCACGUUGACCUUGCAGUUAAAGCCGCUGAAUCAAUAUCAAGUGAAGGAGGAAGAGGUUCUCGAGCUGAUGCUGGCCCAUUAUCAGCAACUGUACCUCCAACUCCUUCUACUGCCAUUUCUCCGGCGCCUCAGACGGCUAUGCUCCCACCAGCGAAGAAACUUAAGAAGAACAAGACAGACAUUGAUAUUGGCAGUAUUUACUGGGCAGGGUCACAGAUUGCCCUGGCUACUAAUGCUCCCCUGUUCCUUGAGCCAGUCAAUAGUGCUGGAGAAGCUGCCACUCUUUUGAGCGCACUAGAGCACCCAAUGCACUCGGCAAAGCCUCCGUCACCCAAGACACGAAAGAGGACUGUGGCAGAGAUGGCGGCGGACGAAGCUCUUGCAGCAGAACGAGAACGUUACAUGUUGAUAAUGGACGAGCGACUUUCCUCCAAUGCUGCAAACGCGCAGGGCGGUGGAAAUCCAGCAGACGGCGAUGGUCAAGCUGGGGGCGCAUCCUUUGAGCCGCGCUUUGAGAGGUUCAAGACUCUUGAAAAUAUCAGGAACCAGCAUGAGGAAUAUAAGAAAGCCGAGAAGCUUCUACAACAAGAAAACGAGAGGAAGCAAACCCAGGAACGAGACCGGGAGCGCCUUAGAAUCGAGUCCGAAAAGAAAGAACUCUUCCAAGAUAAGCAACGGCAAGUUGCUGCUGCUCGCCAACAACAACAAGAACACCAGCGACAGAUGGCUGCUCAUGCUCGAUCUCAACAAAACAUGGCUCAAAUGCAAGCCCAGCAAAAUCAGCACGGACACCCACAGGGUAACAAUGUAGUGAGUAAUGGGAUGCAAGCGCAACCACAACGCUUCCAUCAGCAGCAGGUUUCGCAAGCUCAAGCUUCCUCUCCCAUCAUAAGAACUGGAACGCCACAAAGCCAAUCAUCACCUGUAGUUAACGCAAUGGGAGGUGGACCUAUGCAGCAAUCCAAUUCGAGUAUGGGCGGGAGUCCUCCUCGACCUGGAUCAGUUGUCCAUCAAAACCCACAGAUGGGAGUACCAACAUCCCAUGCUAUGCAAGCCCAGAGAAGUCAACAAAGUCAUGCUGGUACGCCCAGGAUUCCAAAUACCACUCCUCAAAUCCAACAAACUCCUCUCAAUCGCCAGAUGAGCCAGACUCCCCGAAUGAGCCAAGGAAGUCCGGUACAAGGUCCAAUUGCUCAUGCACCAAAUAUGCCAAUGAUGGUGAAUAAUUUGACUCCUGCUCAACAACAGCAGUUGCAAGCACAACAGAGAAUGCAAAUGAUGCGACAGCAACAACAAAUGGCAGGAAUGGCAAACGGACAAGGACUUAGUCCACAGCAACAACAGAUGAUGCAUGCACAAUUGCUCCGUCAGCAGCAACAGCAACAGCAAGGCAUGGGUAUGGUCGCUAACGGACAACUUCCGCAAGGGUACACAGCGCAAAUGGCCGCCCAGAUGGCUGCUCAAUGUCGUGGUAUACCACAAAACAUGAACCAGAAUUUCAUGAACGGUAGUCCCGGCGUGCCUGCCAGCAUUCAAAUGCAAAUGCAUAUGCAACAACAGCAGCAGCAACAGGCACAAGCGGCACAGAUGCGGAAUGCUCAGAUGGUACAGGCGCAAGUUCAGGCUCAAGCUCAAGCUCAAGCACAUGCGCAAAAUCAAGCCCGACAGGGUGUUCCAGGCGUUGGAGGAAUUCCACCAGCAGCUAUCCAAAUGGAGAUUCGGAAUCGUGCGACCAGAUUUUACAAUGAGAAGCUGCCACAAUUGCAGAACCAACAUCCCAAUGGCAUUCCUCCCGAGGUUGAUCAGGCAUUCCGAAUGAAAUGUCAGCAAGAUGCUCACUUGAUGGUCCAAGGGAUUAUACAAAACAAGCAAGCAGCCAUACAACAACAUCAACAAAUGUUGGCACAACAGCAUGGACUACAACAUGGAAUGAACGGGAUGUCAAAUGGAAUGGGGAUGUAAAGAAAAGGUAUGUAGAGGGGAAGCAAAGUAUGAAAGCAGAGGCGAAGGAGCUGAAGUCAACCUUGUAUAAGAUCAAUUUGAGGCGCCAUGGAUUUGCGUUGAUGGAUAUGCGUUGAAGGGUUUCGUUUCUUUUGUUUGUGUUUUAAUCCAUGAGAUUGGGCAGAAUGAUGGUUGGACAAAAGACCACAGUUAAGGAAGACGUCAUGAGAUAAGUUUUUCUUUUGGGGAAUUCAAUGGUGCAUAAUACCAAGGAGAGAGCCGGGAAAACGGCGUUUGUGUAUGAUGGAAGGUGUUUCCAUUGGUAUUUUUUCAUAAUGCCCAAUAUUGAGCGCAGUGAACAUAGAAGAUUUGUCCGUAAUUGGAUAAUGAAUAUAUUCCACGG